UGAUUAAGGAAUUACCCUCUAUCCCACCUUAGAUCAAUUAUUGCACUUGUUAAACUACUUGCUUUGUGUGUAGGUAUUGUUUUAUAUUGUAGAGGUUAAUCUCCUUUUAGAGCAUAUGUUUGGCUUCAUCUGAUGUUGAUACAUGGUGUGGGGGCCAUAGCAUUUGAUGUUUACUGCUUAGGGUUUGAUUUGUACUGUGUUUAGCUCAAGAAUAACAAAAUCAUUAAAUAAAUAACUUUUUCAUAGAUCUUGUUCGGUCAUUUGUACUGUGUUUAGCUCAAAGGAUUUACAUAUUGGUCUUCUGCUGACAUCUGCAGAGUACAAGUUUGCAAAGCAAAGAAGUCUUGGCUUCCGAAAGUUUUUAAUUAUGAGUAGAUAAGAUAGUCAUAUUGAUUGGUCUCAGUCAACUUCACCUGCAAUUUUAGUUAGUUGUGAUUGAUCAUGAAUGUAGAAAUAAAUAUUCUUCUGAAAAAUGUUGCAGAACAAAGAGAAAAUGCCCUUCACUGGCUAUAUCAAACGGGUUACAGAAAGAACCAGCUCUCCUUGUUUUGUUAAUUAAUUUUUGAACUGGUUACAUGGAAAAAUUGGUCUGAUCUAUUUCAUAGGUUAAACUGGUUCUAUGUUGGUUUUAAACCAGUUUAUAAGCUAAAGACUGAUCUUUAACCUGAUGUAAACUGGUUCAAAACUUGCUGAUUUGAGUUUAUCAUACCAAAUCAAAUCAUGCCCACCCGUAGUUUUAUCAUUCCCUCGUUUUAAAAGUCUGAGCAUUAUUUCUCAAAACAUGUGAGAUCAAGCCCCAACAUUACUUUGAUUCCGUACAAGUAUCUGGCUAUUUCUCUUUGUACUAAAAUUGUCAAUUUGUUCAAUCUGAACUGGAUAUUGUGCGGUUAAUUGGUUGUAAAUUAUGAGACAUUUUGAAACAGUACUAGUUACAUGAGCUUGCUUUGAUGGCCUGAAGUUGAACCAAUGGAUUGUGCAGCUGCAAGAAAGUCGCAAAAGGCUGACCGAGAAAAGUUAAGGAGGGAUCGACUUAAUGAACAGUUUGUAGAACUGGGUAACGUUUUAGACCCUGAUAGGCCCAAAAAUGACAAAGCAACCAUUCUAGGUGAUACAAUUCAGUUGCUGAAGGACCUUACUUCUCAAGUUAGUAAACUCAAAGAUGAAUAUGCUACGCUAAAUGAAGAAUCUCGUGAGUUGACUCAGGAGAAAAAUGAUCUCAGGGAAGAGAAGGCUUCUCUUAAAUCGGAUAUUGAGAACUUGAAUAAUCAGUAUCAGCAGCAGCUCAGGACUAUAUUUCCAUGGGCUGCAAUGGAUCAUUCUGUUAUGAUGGCUCCACCAUCAUAUCCGUUUCCAGUGCCAAUGGCAGUACCUCCUGGUACAAUUCCCAUGCAGCCAUUCCCCUUCUUUGCUAAUCAACAUCCUGCAGUCAUCUCAAACCCCUGUUCAACUUUUGUUCCUUAUAUAGCCCCCAAUACCCUUGUUGAACAACAAUCCACCCAGUAUGUAUCCCCUCCACUUCAUCCAGGUGGUCGGUCCAAUGUUUCAGGAAAACAAGAGUCCAAGAGCAAAUCAUCCAGGGAGAGCAAGGCUGAAAAAAAUGAGGAUUCCAAUGAUGUCACUACGGACCUAGAGUUGAAGACUCCUGGAUCAUCUGCAGAUCAGGAUUUAUCAUCUGGACAAAGAAAAUCCAGCAAGUUGUCAAGGAGGGAAAACAGCUGUACAGAAGGGAGUUCAUUAGGCAGAUGCUCUUCUUCCCGUAGUGUUCAGGAUAGCUCAUCAAGCAGUGUAGUGGCUAGCAGAAAGGAUAAUGAAUGAGAAAGUACACAAUUUAGUGAAGUUCUUGUGUCUUUGAAGCUAAUAUGAAGUUUUUCGUUGUGCAUCUGCUGCAACUCUGGAGGUACAAGUCAUUCUGUUCUUGCCCCAAAAUAAAAGUCACUUCUGUUAUCCCUUCCUGACUAAGAAUUUGGUCCAAGUAGGUUUAAAUGCUACUUAGUCUAAACAUGAACUUUUCCUUGUGGGGCAAAACUUGAAAUUUCAGCUGGAAAAUCACCAACCUGACCAGUGUGGCUAACGUGUAGGUUUGUAAAUCCUUCCAUAGUUGUUAGAGUUGCAUGAUUCAAUACAAUUCAGUGAGCUAACGAUUUGUAUCAUGUAAUGAGUUGCCUAUAACUUUGAAUUGUACAUUACAUGCAUCAAUUGAUAGCAAUGCAAUUUCAUAUAGUUAGUGCCA